UUUUCUCUCAAUCUCGCCUCCCUCUAACGUUUUCUCUCACACACCUUUUGGAAAAUUUGAAUUUGCCCAUUUUCAGAUCAACGUCGAGCAAUUUUGACCGUGGCACCUCAAGUAACCCUCAACUGUGGUGUGUGGAGUGAAGACAGACUGAGUGAGAGUGAGAGGGUGACACCAGCUCGGGAUAGGACACUCGGAGUAUAGUUGUGCAGACAGUCAAUGGCGGCGCUGUUAUCUGUUGUGUCUGCUGGAUUAUUUUGGUUUUGAGCCCGAGAUCCAAAAAAUAAUAAAGGCCAGAUAAAUAAGUAGCGAGUGUGUGCUAUAGUGAGUGAGUGCAGGCUGGAAAUUAGAGGCGAGAAAGGCUGGACGGUGCAGGAGAGGCGGAGGGUCAAGGUGGAGAGCAGGACGAGGAGUAGGACACCAGUGUGAUCCUUGCCCUCACCCUUGGCCCAGGCGAGGUCACCACAUGCCCCUAGGACGUGGCCGAGGCUGGAGUGUAGCUGAGGAAGUGUGAGUGUGUGUGCCGUGGUGGAGGGAGGAAGUAUGGCCUGUGAGUGGUGAGUGCCAUGGCCCUCUCCACUGGCCACUCAGUGUGACUUUGGUGCUCAGCCAUGCUCUUUCAGGCACCUUGCAUUCCUGAGACACAGAAUACUGGACCAACUAAGUAGCCCUACAGUACAGCACAGCACACCACAGCACAGUAUGAUAUUGUAGCAAGAAGGAGUGGUGCACCAAACAUUCCAUUAGCAGAGCGGAGCGACUUCACUGUGAGCCAGCCAGAGCCCAGGGACCCGCUAGGACAUGGAGCGAGCCAAGACAGGCUGCCUUGUGUGUGUGCCAGUGCCCUGAGACACUGCGGUGCUGUGAGACUAUGAACAGACAUGAGCAAAUGAUGUGUCUUAGUGCAUGGCUGUGUGAGACUCUGGUGUUGUACUGCAGGUGUUGGUGAUGCUGACUGGUGCUUGUAAGUAAGGCAUUCUGCACCCUCAAGCACACACCACACAUCUCCUGGUGAAUUGUCAAGCUAAAGUGGUUGUUCCUUCACCAUCACCACCACUCUUACUUAAAUCACUACCACCACCACCACCGCCACCACUACAUCCACCAUGGGAGACGUCUACGUGUACACAGCGCGCCAGGAGUGCCGGGGUGCCAGUGCCAACGAGCCUGGCAUGGAGGCCAAUGAUGUGAUCCAUGUGUCGGCUGAGUUCCUGCAGAAGCAAAAGAUGGCACCAGAUUCCCCCAACGGCUGGCUUUAUGGCACCAAUAUGCGCACCCGACAAGAUGGGUACUUCCCAGCCUACUUUUUGGUGCUGAAUGGUGCACGUCGCCGCAGCAAUGCCACUCCUGAGGGGAAGCCACCACUCGCUGAACAGCCUUACUUGAAUCUUGGCCUCGUUGUAAGCAGUGACUCUUCCCCGGGCCAGUUUGGUGAGUACAUGCAGUCCUGUGGCCUGUCCUUACCUGGUGUGUGUGUGGUGCGUGGGUGAGUACUGUGUGGUGUUACUCGUACUUACUGAAGAAAACGCUGGAGAUUUCUUCCUGGUGGUUGAAAUGGUAGUAGUAGUUCUAGUGGUAGUUUUUUUUUUUCAUUUAUUUAUUUGAUUUUUUUUAUCGUUUUUCUGCUUUCCACUGUUAAUGGAUGCAAUGGGUGGGGAGGAGCCUUCGCCUUUAUUAUCCUGUGUCAAUUCAAAGAUUCCAUGGUUUAUAAUUAAUAGUUUCGGUUAAGCCACUUGAUCUGUUACUACUAAUUGUUCCUUUGUGUUGAAUUGUAGCGUCCUUUCUAUUUUGUUGUGUCGUGACAGUGAUGAUGAAGGUGAGAAUAACAGUGACAGUGGAGCAGUGAUGGUGAUGGUAAUGACGAUGGCGAUGACUGAAAGUGACAUGAUAAAGGAGAAAUACCGCAAGAAAAUGCUUAGUUAACAAAUUCAGGAUAGUUAGUGAUGGUGAUAAUGAUAGUGACUGAUAUAUUAAAAAAAAUGUAGAAAGAAAAUGAUUUGUUAAUGAAUAUAGAAUAGCGAGUGAUGGUGACAAUGCUGAUAGUGACUAAUAAUGACUGAUAUAUCAUGAAAAAAGGAACAUCAGUGAAAAAAGCUAAGUUAACAAAUAUGAUAGCUGGUAAUGCCGAUAGUGACUGAUAGUGACUGAUAGUAACUCUGAUAGUGACUGAUACUGAGUGAAAAGAAAAUAUCGGAUGGAGAAAAUGUAAAAUGUGACCCGUGACUCGCCUGUUCAGCUGAGUGCGUGUCGCCAGGUGAUGCCAGCGGGUGUGAGGGUCGUUGGGAGGGCAGAUGACAGGUGUGCGAGACGGUGGGAGAGCUGGGGCAGGUGUGUGGAGGAGGACUGGGAAGCUGGGACAUGCAUAAAGAAGGACAGGUAUAGAAAAGGACAGGACAGCUUGGACAGGUGUAUAGGACGGUAAGAAAGCUGGGACAUGUGUGUAAAAGGGGACGGGAGACCAGUGACAGGUGUGCGGGACGGUGGGAAAGCUUGGCUAGGUCUGUGAAAGAGGACAGGAAAGCUAGAAUAGGUGUAGAGAAGGAGAUGAGAGCUAGGGCAGGUGUAGAGGAGGACAAGAGGCCUGGAAGUAGGUGAAGGAGGACAAGAGGAACAAAAACAGGUAUGGAGGAAGACAGAAGAAUUAUAAACAGGUGUAGAGGAAGACAGAAGAAUUAGAAACAUGUGUGGAGGAGGGGAGAGCUGAACUAAUAACAGGUGUAAGGAGGACAGGAGAGGUCUAAUCUAGUAACAGGUGUGAGGAAGGGCAGGAAUGAGAGCAAGGGAUAGAAAUAAGGCCACGAAAUAAGGGCCAGGAAUAAGGAAUGGGAAUAAGAGCUUGGCUGGAAAUAAGGGAUGAAAAUAAGGGCUAGGAAUAAGUGUUUUUGAAUAAGGGCUAGGAAUAAGGGCUGAGAAAUAAGGGGUGAGAAAUAAGGGGUAGGAAUAAGGGAUUUAAAUAAGGGCUGAGAGAUAAAGGCUAGGAAUAAGGGAUUUAGAUAAGGACUGAGAGAUAAGGGCUAGGAAUAAGGGAUUUAAGUAAGGGCUGAGAGAUAAAGGCUAGGAAUAAGGGAUUUGAAUAAGGGCUGGGGACAAAGUGGACGAUUUAAGCAACCUUUCCCUAAAAAACCCAAACUCAUGAACCCCUGAACCCUUAAACCUUCAAGUCAUUUAUCCCACAAGUACCUGAAAGACCACAAGACCCCAGAAAGUCCCCAAAGUCCCAUAAAAAGUCACUAAAUUCAUCCCUUGGUCCUGAAUUCCUCCUUAGACGGAAUCCUCGUCCUAGUCCUUAAAUUUUCAAGAACCCUAAGGAUCUAAGUCUCCACGUUUUAGAGUCCCUGAACCCUGAAGUCCCUAAUCCCCAAGUCCCCAAGUCCCCAAGUCCCUAGAGCCUCGCCCGCCGCCGCAGGACUCUAUCGAUCCGCUCCUCUCGGCACCACUCCAGGACCCCAGAGAGAGAGAGAGAGAGAGAGAGAGAGAGAGAGAGAGAGAGAGAGAGAGAGAGAGAGAGAGAGAGAGAGAGAGAGAGAGAAUCUUUUGUUGGAAUAGAGAUAGAAACACUAAAAUUGUGAUUGAUAAGUUGAUGAAUAAAGCUUAGAAUGAGAGAGAGAGAGAGAGAGAGAGAGAGAGAGAGAGAGAGAGAGAGAGAGAGAGAGAGAGAGAGAGAGAGA